AUGAGUCCCUAACUCAUCCUAUUCCCGCCACCUGCUAGCUAAUUGGGUAAACCACGAUUUACUAGAGAUAAAACUAUAAAAAGCUUCAACUCGUAAACUCACAAAUCUCAAAACGUUUUUAACGCGCUGACGUCUGCACGCUCUGGCAGCAGACGAAAGAAAAUGCUCUCAACGUUGAUAAUUAUUGUCUACGCCCUGCAACUUGCAAGCUGCAGUUAUGACAAUGAAGCUGAUCAGAGUGCAAGCAGCUGUCCAGUGUUUGACCUGAAGUACAUCGUGGACACACUCCUACAGCAACAGAGAGAACUCUGCAGAUAUCGAUGUCUAACUAAUGGAUCUGACGAUCUGCUUGAGGCACUAAAAGCUCAAAUUGAAGCCAUCCUCCCUCUUCUGUUCCACGCUCCACUGAUCUACGACAACAGGAAGUACGUCAUCUCCAAGUUUCCUUACCAAAGUUCUGAAGAAGCCAUGACAUACUGCACAGCUUUUGGCGGAUACUUGGCAGAAGUCAAUGACAAUAACGAGUACACGGCCUUGCAAAAUUUUGUUCUAAAUACACCAGCAGUAGACAUUGUGCUCAUCGCUGGGUCUGACGCCAUAACAGAAGGAACCUGGAGGUUUCAGAGAACUGGUGAACUAGUACCAAUUUUAGAUUGGUGCCCAGGACAGCCAGAUAAUUUGGGAGAUGAAGAUUGCUUGAAUUUGUGGAAAAGAUAUGGCGGUAAAAUGAAUGACCUGCCGUGUGGUUUCAGGAGUUCUGAUGACAGGUUUAUGUGUGAGCUACCUAAAUUGUACUAACUGAUCAUUCCUGACACCAAAAUGUUUCUUUUCAUUUGUUUACUUUUUGUUAAAAAUUAUAACGUAACGUACUUAUGGAAGUACAAACGCUUAAAAUAAUUGUAGCAUCAAAAUGUGAUUUAAAACUUUAAAGUUUUUAUAAGCUAUAUGAUAAAUAAAGUAUUCAUAGCAAAAGUAUUUACAAUUCUUACAAUUAUGUAUGAAUUUUAUAUGCAAUUAAUUAUAGAUCUUUUGUCUACCUAUAAAAAGUAUAUUAUAACCGAGUUUCCAUAAUUGAGUCCAUAUACCGUAUGUUUCUAAUAUCUCCGAUGUUGACAUUGUGCGAUUGAUAGAUCUCACGCUAUGCAAGAAGGAACUUGGAAACUUCGGCGCACUGAUACUUUAGUGCCAGCCUUAGAUAGGGUGCAAGGACAGCACCUGGGAUAUGCUUAGUCUUCAUCUAGCCAGCUUUUUGCUUCUGAGCUGUAAGCUCUUUUGCUGACUGUUUAGAGAAAAAAAUAGUGUUGUUUUCAAUUGUUCAGCCCCACCAUGUUGUGUUGUAGUUAUGUUGGGCUGCAGUGGUACUAGGGUCUGCCUAAGGUGGAUUAACAUGGGGCAUUUAAGGAAGGUGUGGUUCAAGUUUCAUAAGAGUGAGAACUGUGUCUUCAAGGGUUAUGUGUGUAGCAUUUAUUUUGUUACGGUGGUAAUUUAUAGUGACAUGUCCUGUUCUUGGAAGAUUGUAGCUUGCUCUUUGCGAGGCAGGAAAUUAAUAUUGUCCAGUUCGGUUGGCCUGGUCAUUUCUUUGUACUUAGCUCUGCCUGUGUUUCCUGAUGCUCAUUGAUUGGGAAACUUCUCUUAGUGAUUGUUGGCUUACAUUGACUUUAGAGUGAAGUAGUCUAGGAGAUAGAAUGUUUAAAUAUCUGGUUAAAAAAAAAAAAUAGGCAAAAUGGGUGAUCUACCUUAUUGCUUCAGAAAUUCUGGGACGUAAAUGGAGUUUAAUAAAAAUGGAACUCAUCUAAACAGGUUAAAACCUUAAAUUAUAUUUCCCUCAAAGGUUCUUUAAUAAAUUAACUCAUUACAGGUCGUCAACUUGUAGCACCAAACUGCUGGUAGACAACUAAACCGUUGUAGGUCUAAUGUAUCUUGACUGUAAAAACUUCAAAUAACUUUAAUUAACUUUGUGACAACACUAAAUAACAUUUUAUUUACAGUGUAGACAAAAUUAGGUUAAUAUGAGAUCUGUCAUCCAAUAAAUGUAGUAGACUUAAGUAGUAUUAGUCUUUAACAAAAUCUAACUCACAACAAUAACACAACCUUUCAAUCUGUCGUUCUGUAGUCGUCCUAACUAAGACCAAGUGACGACAAUACCUCCUCUGUUGCAUCAUUCAAAACCAAUUGCUAACCUCUUCCCACCAUCACCAUAUAAACACACACACACACACACACACACACACUCCAUAACAAUCAUACAAGCGUGCCAUUUUGUACUUGUUUUUGUACAUGUUUCUUAUGGAACUAGCUAUUGUUCAUGUUUCUUAUGGAACAAGCUAUUGCCCAUAUCCCUUAUGGAACAAGCUAUUGCCCAUGUUAAUUAUGGAAUAAGCUAUUGCCCAUAUCCCUUAUGGAUAAAGCUAUCGCCCAUAUCCCUUAUGGAACAAGCUAUUGCCCAUGUUUCUUAUGGAACAAGCUAUUGCCCAUAUCCCUUAUGGAUAAAGCUAUCGCCCAUAUCCCUUAUGGAACAAGCUAUUGCCCAUGUUAAUUAUGGAAUAAGCUAUUGCCCAUAUCCCUUAUGGAUAAAGCUAUCGCCCAUAUCCCUUAUGGAACAAGCUAUUGCCCAUGUUUCUUAUGGAACAAGCUAUUGCCCAUAUCCCUUAUGGAUAAAGCUAUCGCCCAUAUCCCUUAUGGAACAAGCUAUCGCCCAUAUUCCUUAUAGAACAAUGUGUUUCCCAUGUUCAUUAUGGAACAAGCUAUUGCCCAUGUUCUUAUGGAACAAGCAAUUGCCCAUGUCCCUUAAAGAACAAGCUAAUGCCCAUAGUCAUUAUGACACAACUUAUUGAACAUGUUCCUUAUCGUGCAAGCUAUUGCCCAUGUUCCUUAAGAAACAUGCUAUUGCCCAUGUUCCUUAAGAAACAUGCUAUUGCCCAUGUUCCUUUUAUGCAACAAAGAUUUAAGCACUGGCGCAAUGAAACCAUCUAAGAAGGAAUAUCAAUUGAAACAAUGCCACCGAUAAAAUAGAUAAAGAUUUGAAAUAGUUUCAAACUCUUAAAGAUAAAGUUCAAAAUAGACUCACAGUGGUCAACGAUUAUAAUUGAUGGUAAUAGUUUAGAUACCCAGAUACCUUUACUGACCACCAUGUUGUUUUUAAGCUUAUUUAUCUCCCUUAUCUAUAUUAAACUUUUUUAAAAGAGAUUUUUGUUCUUAUGCUGUCAACUUAUGAAUUUUUAAGUGUAUUUACUGAAAUGAAGGUCUAAAAAAAUGUUAAUAAUAAAUUGAUGAAGUUGUUUCUUCUUUUUUUCAAUAA